AAGAACCCCGAGCUGCGAGGAGACAAUGGCCCAGCGCACGCAGUCCCCGAUCGUGACCGGCACGUCGGUCAUCGCCGUCAAGUACAACGGAGGCGUGCUCAUGGCCGCCGACACGCUGGGCAGCUACGGGUCGCUGGCGCGCUUCACGGACUCCCGGCGCAUCCUCAACGUGCACAACACGACCUUGGUCGGCGCGGGCGGCGAGCUCUCGGAUUUCCAGUUCCUCGCCGACCACCUCGACGAGAUGGCGGUCAACGACUUCAACAAAGACGACAAGUGCGACUUGACGGCGGGCGAGAUCUUCCACUACCUCCAGCGCGUGCUGUACCACCGCCGCAACAAGUUUGACCCGCUCUGGAACACCUUCUUGGUCGCGGGCGUCGAGAAGGGCGAGGCCUUCCUUGGCCAGGUCACGAUGAUCGGCAACGCAUUCACAGGCAACUACCUCGCGACGGGCUUUGGCCACCACUUGGCCACGCCGUUGCUGCGCAACGAGUGGCGCGCCGAUAUGACCGAGACCGAGGCCCACGCGCUGCUCGAAAAGUGCAUGCGCGUCUGCCUCUACCGCGACUGCCGCACGCUCAACCGCAUUACCAUUGGCCGCGUCAACGAACAAGGCACGUCCAUCUCGGAGCCGUAUGCGCUCGACACCAAGUGGGACUAUGCGUCGUUCGUCGCCCCCAAGUCGGGCACGGGCAGCUCGUGGUAAGCAGCCUUGCAUCCGCGUCGUAUCACGAAUCCAUGCACACGCUUUUAAUACACACACGACUUGUUCCUGCGCGA